ACAAAACAUGGAGAUGGGAGAUUCUAUGGAUGAGGAGACCAGACGCCUGGUUCUCAAACACCAGCACGAUGACCCAGCAGAUGACACUGUGGAGGUAGUGAUUUGGAUGAGGGACAGGGUUGGCAUCCACGUGACUCUGGAGUGUGGGGGACAUGAAGCCACCGCCGAAGACUUGUUUGAGAUUGUAGUGGAGCAGAGAAGUUUGCCUCCAGAAAGUGAAAACAUUUUCUCCAUCUGGCUGGUGUCUCCCCUGCUUGAACUAAGAUUAAAAAAGAAUCAUAGACCAUUCCAGUUUGCACAGUUGUGGGACGAAUUCUGUGCAUUAUACACAGAUGCUAAACCCGAUGAAAUCUCAAGAGAUGAACCUGUUGUGAUGUUUCAGAGAAAUGUAUUUCUGACUCUUGAAGAGGAAAUGAGGAUUUCGGAUGAAGUGGUCUUGAACUUGCUGUACCAUGAAGCCAAAUUUAACGUGAUAGAGGGUCGAUAUGUGUUACAAGCAGAGGAAUAUGACCAGUUGGCAGGAAUUCAGGCGUUAAUUCAUCUAGAGCAUUACAAUGAAAAAACACACACACUGGAACACUACAAAGAAGAGCUGCAUAAGUUCUACCCAGCACACAUGCGCAAACCAAAGAAUACCAAAUUUUUCAAGUUCAGCAGAAACAAGAAUGAGGAUGUAGAAGCACUGGAGGUCAGAGUUCGGCGCGCGCAUCGACAGAUCAGUGAUGCGUACAAAAACACCGACAUAAAGCAAGCACUAGGUAGCCUGUACAGGAAAUACCUGGAGGUCUGCUGGCAGUAUGCUUUCUAUGGAAGUGCCUUUUUUGAGGGGAAGGUUCAGAAGCAGAUAGGAAAGAUAAAGGGCCACCUUCCCGGUGUGGAAAAAGACAUGGAUGUCCUGAUAGCUCUGAAUACAGACGGGAUCUGUAUCAUUGAUCAGCUGAGAGAGGAGCCCAUGCUGGCCGUGCCGUAUGAAGAUCUUUCCUGGCAUUUAGACACCAAUGAAGAGGAGGAAAACAGAAUGGCUGUCCUCCUACUGCAGUUCCUGGUCAAGAAUGAGAACGGAGAAACAAUCACCAAAGUUCUACAGGUGUUCUCCAGUCAGGCAAAGAUGAUGGAUGCUUUGAUUGAUUCAUGUGUAAAGAGGAAACUCCGUAGAGAAGAGAGUGCCCCAGACGGACCUGGGAAGGAUCGAGAAGAGAGUGGCCGGGAUGGACCCAGGCAAUACAGGAACGAAAAUUUUUGUUGCAAGAUAUCAAACAAGCUGGAUAAAAUGACAUUAUCAACAUUUUCAUUGAAAGGGGAGAUGAUUAAGCCCUCGUGAGAGAUUUAGGAAAACAUUGGUGGACCUCAAUAAUUAAAAUUUGUGCAUAAUACACAGUAGACAUUUCAGUUUGUUAGUGGACUGUCACUAAAGGAGAAAAGACCCUGAGUUAUAAACUUUUGUAGCCUCUCUCUCUACCAGUAUAUUCAAACCAUUACUUAGGAAGUGAAUUCAUCAAGACUCCAAAUGACAGUUUUGUAUAUUAGAAAAACUCUUUUGUGUGAUUUUAAUGAUUAAUGACUCGAUUGUGAAGUGUUGGAAAAUCUCAGAUUUAUUGGUUAGCAGUGAUUAAUUUUUGUUACAAUGUAGAUGUACAUGUAUACAGAUUUUUUUUUUUAAACGUUUGAUACAUGUCAUUCAUAUCUAUACAUAUUAAUGGGAAUUAAUGUAUGCCAUCAUUUUUGAGAAAAUUAUUUAUAUAUACCGGUAUAUAUGUACAUUUUAGGUUGUUUUUAUGUGUUUAUCUUAAUAACUUUCUUUUUUACUUCAUCAAUGUGUUAAAUUGAAUCAAUAAUUAAAAACUAAUGGAGUUCAAAAUGGUUUUAACCAACUUGCAAUAAUUAAUGUAUUCUUGUAUGUUAUAAUGUUUUCAAGAUUAUUAUUUUGUUUUUAUGAACUUACAAACCUAAAAUGUGGAAUAAAUAGUAGUCUCUGGAUGCUGGAUUAUUCAGACUACUUUUUCUAUGAUUUGUUUCUUUAUGUUUGAAUUUACAGUUUGGAAUUAAUAAGAUUGGAACCUUUUCGUAUAUUUUGCAAAGGUUGAAACAUGCAAGAAAAUUCUUCACAAGUCCUACACAUUUUUUGUAGUUUUCUACAUACGUAUGAUAUAUAUAUUUAUUGUUAUUAUCCCUUUUAAACUGUGAUAUU